ACCGCGCUCGAUGAUGUUCCCAACAGCUGACAGACGUUGAAGCCUCCGCCAGAGCCUUCGGUGGAAGCUAGUGUGUAUCCUCUCGUCGGAAGCCCACACGGACGGAGAAUACAAGCCUUAUCGGACCUCGCCGAGUUGCUCGACCCAGUUCACGGUCGAACACGCCGUUUUUUUUUAAAUCAAAUAUUACCUCGACUGUUUUUUUUCUUUCUCCCCACACCGUGACCUGGAGACAGUUGCUGUCAGCUAACUUCCUACGACAGGUCGCUGCGUCGCUGGACCGCUGCAUAUGUUUCAUUUGAGCUUAGCGGUUUGACCCCCCCUCACCCUCCCCCUCACCCCCCAGUCCUUCCAUCCGAGCCCAAUGCUGAGGAAUGGAUAGUGUGUCUAUCAGAGGUGGGAGGAUGGUCGAGAGUGAUGAACAGCCGGAAAGGGGCAGCAGCGGCGGCGGCGGCGUGGCGAUGGCCGCACUGCAUCAGUGCGAACUCAUCCAGAACAUGAUUGAUAUCUCCAUCUCCAGUUUACAGGGGCUACGGACUAAGUGCGCAGCCUCCAACGACCUUACGCAGCAAGAAAUACGCACUUUAGAGGUGAAGCUGAUGAAAUACAUCUGUAAACAGCUGCAGUGCAAGCACAAAGUGCCAGAGACAGACAGGCCAGAGGCCCUGGAGAGCUACCCUCACUUGCGAGACUGGCUGCGCACCAUCAACCUGCGGACAGAACUCAUCAAGGCAGUUGAAGCAAAGUUGUCUCUAGACGCUCUGCUUCAGAUGACAGACGUUCAGAUGAGAGAUACGAUGAGAAGACUCGGGUCCAGUUCAGAAGAAUGUACGAGACUCAGGUCUGCCCUUUCAUGUCUGAAGAGUGCUACGGAGUCAGGAGGAGAAUUGAGGGAGGAUGCCACAUACUGGUUAUCUGAGCCCACCAGGAGGGACAGUGGCUCCCUGCUGACUGCAGACCAGCUCUCCAACCUGGGAAAUCGUCCUCACAGUCCAUCACCUCUUGCCCGCCCAUCUACUAUCCAGUCAACCCCAUCCACCCCAAGUGCUACGUUUCCCCACCCCCGCUCAGGCUCAGUCCCCACACCAGAGGCGCUGGCAUCAUACAUCCACAGUGAAAGCCCACUCACUGAUCCAUUCCCGCCACCUUAUCCCCGUGCUGCCUGGCUCCACGGACACACCUCCACGCCCCCCGUGACUCCACCCUCAAAAAGGCGCCACCGGCUAAAGCCUCCAUGCACCCCUCCACCUCCAUCGCGCAAACUGCUGAAUCUGCUCCCCAACAUCACUUUGACGCGCAGCAAAAGCCACGAGUCCCAGUUGGGCAACCGCAUCGAGGACCCUCCCACCAACAAGGGUGUGAAAAAGAAUAAGCUGUUUCUGAAUAUGCAAGUUAAUGGAAAUGGAUGUGAAGACUCGUCAUCUCGAUACCCCGUCGGGCCCACACGGACCCCCACAUCCACCCCGACUCCUGCCACAGCACCUUACACCCUUCCAGGGACACCCACCCUGAUGGAGGAGCACAGCAUCAUUAAAAAUAAUGCAGCCAUGCAUCGGAGCUCCCCACAAGCAGUGAGGAGAGACAUAGGUCUAGCAGUCACUCACAGAUUUUCAACCAAGUCCUGGUUGUCUCAGACUUGUCAAGUGUGCCAGAAGAACAUGAUGUUUGGAGUUAAGUGCAAACACUGCCGAUUAAAGUGCCACAACAAAUGCACAAAGGAAGCUCCAUCUUGCAGAAUCUCUUUUCUACCAAUUGCCAAAAUUCGGAGAACAGAGUCGGUCCCCUCUGACAUAAACAACCCCGUUGACCGGCCACCAGAACCUCCAAUGUUUGGUACGCUGCCGAAGGCCAUUACAAAAAAGGAUCACCCUCCUGUGAUGAACCAGCUGGACUCCAGCAGCAACCCGUCCUCCACCACUUCAUCCACCCCUUCGUCCCCAGCCCCCUUUCAACAGAGCAACCCCCCAAGUGCCACCCCUCCGCCUAACCCCUCGCCUAAAGGCCACCGGGACUGUCGCUUUAACUUCCCAGCUGCCUGUUACUUUCAGCACAGACAGCAGUUUAUCUUCCCCGAUGUUUCCAGUCUUGCUAAUGUGUACCAUGAUCCACUCCAAGACACUGUUGGGGAGAAGGACUAUUCAACUGAUGACAUCCAUUCUGAGCUGGUUGAAGACGAGGAUGAAGAGCAAGCGGAGGAGGAUGAUGAGGCAGAAGAUGAAGACCUGGAGGCAGAGGAGGGGAACGAUGACGAAGACGAGGGAAAUGAGGAGCGAGGAGAGGAUGAGGACGACGGGGAGGAUGUCGGGAUGAAAAUGGUUUCGGACGGCGAGUGCGACGAGCUGGACGAUCUUCCCAGCUCUCGGGGAAACCAGUGGAAGGGUCCCAUCUCCCGCAAGCCCAGUCAGACCAGCGUCUACCUGCAGGAGUGGGACAUUCCUUUUGAGCAGCUGGAUUUAGGAGAACUUAUAGGAAAGGGCCGCUGGGGGAAAGUGCAUAAGGGUAGGUGGCACGGCGAGGUAGCCAUUCGCCUCCUCGAGAUUGACGGUAACAAUCAGGAUCAUCUGAAGCUCUUUAAAAAGGAGGUGAUGAACUACAGACAGACCAGGCACGAGAACGUGGUCCUGUUUAUGGGGGCCUGUAUGGCUCCACCGCACCUAGCUAUCAUCACCAGCUUCUGUAAAGGGAGGACGCUGUAUUCAGUUGUUCGAGACACUAAAAGCACCUUGGAUAUUAACAAGACCAGGCAAAUUGCUCAGGAGAUUGUAAAGGGAAUGGGCUACCUGCACGCCAAAGGCAUCGUUCACAAAGACUUGAAGUCCAAGAACGUUUUCCAUGACACGAAUAAGGUGGUGAUUACUGAUUUUGGGCUGUUUGGGAUCUCUGGAGUUGUUCAGGAAGGGAGGCGUGAGAAUAAAUUAAGACUUCCACAUGGUUGGAUAUGUUAUUUAGCUCCAGAAAUUGUGCAAAAGAUGAGCCCUGGUAACAAUGAGGACCGCCUUCCUUUCUCCACAGCAGCAGAUGUGUAUGCCUUCGGAACAAUUUGGUAUGAACUCCAAGCGAGGGAUUGGCCAAUCACCAACCAGCCUGUGGAAGCUACCAUCUGGCAGGUGGGGAGCGGACAAGGGAUAAGGAACGUUUUGGCUGAAAUCAACCUGGGCAAGGAGGUCACGGAGAUCCUCUCUGCCUGCUGGGCGUUUGACCACAGAGACAGGCCAACGUUCACCCAGCUGGCCGACAUGCUGGAGAAGCUGCCCAAGCUUAACCGCAGACUGUCUCAUCCGGGACACUUCUGGAAGUCUGCAGAGUUGUAGCAGUCGCUCUAAAACAUAAGCAAAACAAAGCCAGAGUCUGCCUUGCAUGCUCCUGAAUCCUUAACUUUCAUUGGAUUGAUCAAAGCGUUGCCUCUGCCUGAAACCAACGCCGCUCCCACUAACCUGCAAUCUGAUUUUUCCACGCCUAACCAAUGAGUUUUCUUGGAGGGGAUCCAUAGACGGACGUCCGCCGUCGCCCUUUUUGCAUUGGUCGCGUCAAAAAUCUCUUUGCCUUCCUUUUGUUCUGUGGUUUGAGACGGGACACUGAGGCUUAUGUCUGCGCUAAGGCGUCCUCCCUUUCUCUGUGCUGCUGCGAAGGGUCCUGACUACUUGAUGGUUUUAUUUUUUUUGUUAUUUCUGGACAAAAAAUGGACCCAAUCCUGGGCAACUUAAUUUAUCAUUUCCCGAGGGUUCGACACGCAGCACGAGCUGUAUCGACUUCAUCCCGCCUCGUCUCGCAGGUUUUUAUGUUAUUUGUUUUGUUUUUUAAAGGCACUUGCUGAUAUGUUCACCAGCCUAUGCUAAGACACAAUAUGCACUUUUUGAAAAGGACAAAAUCCUAAUCAUAGACUUUUUCAGAACUAUUUUUAGUAAUGGUCAUUUCUUUUUCAUUGUGACGUUUGCAGUGUUUCAUAGUUAUUCCUUUCAGGUGAAUCUCGUGGAGGCUGGACUGUGUGAUGUGCUCACUUGUAUGUCGUCAUUUUACAAUCCAAUAGGUCGAUGUUUAUGGGAUGCUUUGGAAAAUAGGACACUGGUUUAGGUGUUUGAGUGUGCUCAACUUGACAGGUCAGAUGCAAAAAACUGACUAUAACUAAAUAGUACAACACAAAUAUCAGUUUUUAAAGAAUAAAACGCACUUUAAAAGUGCACAAAAUUUUAACUUUUUUUCUUUAAAUACCAUGAACAGAAAUCUAGAGCUGAAGUGUCCUAUAUCCUUCCUUAAGAGUACCUCUCUUGCACGCGUCUGUGCACAGUUUCUGGUUGCUGACUUCAGUUGCCGUGCUUGUAUUUGUCUUUUUUUAAAAACUUUUUUUGGGUUGUUCUUGUGACUGGCUGUGGCACAGUGUUGAGUAAGUGUAAGAUUGCAGUAAAUGUGUUGCAAAUCCACUGGUAUGUAAUGUACAUACAUUAUUUACAUUACAUUAUUCAUUGAUUAUUUCAAUGAAACUUUUAUAUGUUAGUCACAUCACAACAUUUUUAAGUAGGUACUGAUAUGACAUAGAAGAUAUGUAAAUAUAAAUAUAUGUAUAUUUAUAUUUUUUUCAUAUAGGAAAUACUGUAUAAAGGCUGUACAGAAUUUUUUAGAUCGGGCCAAGACGUGUUUUUUUUUUUUUAAUUAAAUGUGAAAAAUUCAUAUUUUUGUAUUGCAUGUGACUGCCAUCCUGUAAGCAGUUUCUGUUUUCAUCCAUGGACAAUAAAACUGGCUUGUCAUGUAAUC